AUGAAGAGGUAUCCGGCGAAUCCCUCGCAACGCUGUGAGCAUCUCCUGCCAGCGCCCGUGUCUCUCGUCUCAAUCACCCGCUCGCUCCGCAUCGUCGCCAAAGCCCCCUGCCACUACCCACCAUCAUUGCCAUUUUCUUUCCGUAUGCCUCUGCGACUUUCAAGUGCUCUUGCCCCACAAAGUGAGUGCCUGGUUUCCAUCUUGAGUGUUUCGAAAUUUGCUGUAUGGUAA